CAACAUAGUUUGGCCAAACGGAGAGGUAUUAUUUUAAGUACGGAGUACUACGGAGUAUAGUGCCGUGCCGCCGUGGGGGAGAGAGAGCGUCAUAGUUUUACCGGACAACGACGGUUGCCAUUUUCACGCCGCUCAUCGACACCACAACCGCCGGGGAAAAUAUUUACAGCUCCGUCUCUAUGGAACCUAAAUCUUCUGCGCUUGCAGCUCCCCUGAAUCCGAAGACUCCGAAUUUCCUGGCGAGUCCGGUUCCGAAGAAACGAGACUUCCUCCUCCGCCUCGAAGCCUACCUAUCCAAGCGAGACGGCGUCGACAAGCUGCUCAAAAUCUCCCGCUACGCCGCCAAGAUCGUCAUCGCCUCCUCCCUCCUCCCUCCCGGUGCCCCCCUAAACCACCGUCUCAAAUCCUUCGAAUCCAGCGUCGGCCUCAGCCGGAAAGCAUUCCGCCUCGGGAAAUUCGUGCAGGACCUCAACGCCCUCCGUUCCUCCUCAUCCUCCUCCUCCGCCGAGCAUCUCCUCCUCUCCCUUCUCGCAUAUGGGGGCGAGGGUUUAUACUAUUUCGUCGAACAGUUCGUCUGGCUGGGUAAAUCGGGCCUGAUCGACAAGAAACACCUGAACCGAUUGCAGAGAAUGAGCGCCUGGUGCGAGCUUAUAGGCUACGUUGGCAGUGUGAGCUUGAAGGUGAGGGAAUUACAGAGGAUCGCCGGGGACGAGACUCGUUUGGUUUCGAGUAUUGAGAUUGCUGCGGUUAGGGGUAUUGCCUGUGUAGAGGAGGAGGAGGAGAAGCUAAGGAAAUUGAGAGAGAAGAAAUUGAUGAAGAGGCUUUCGGUCUUGCAAGAUUUCGCAGAUGCUUUAAUGGCGGUAGCAGAUAUUAGAGAUGGCAAAGGGUUGCUUUCUGGGCAGCUGAUUGUCUCCUCCGCGGGGCUUUUUUCAGCCCUCAUCAGCACUCACAAGAAUUGGGUUUCCUGCUGAUCCCCCAAUCUACCAUUUCCAGGUAUGAGAUUCUUCUUGUUUUUUCAUUGCAGACUGUAAUAUUGUAAUUUGCAACACUUUAUGACACUCAUUUUGGAAAAUAAUGGAACUUGAUUUGCCUGUGCCAUGAUGUAGACUGAGUUAGAGUUCUUGUAUUUUUGUUUAGUAGUCUAUUUGAAAUUAGUUUGGAUUCUGUAAAUAAAUGUGAUUAUAGUGA